AUGGCCUCUACUCAAUCACCAAAUGAAUGUCAGACCGUCGCGCACAAAGAUGAAACCCCUCCGCGGACUGGUCUCAUGACGCUCCCUGCGGAGUUGCGCUUGAUGAUAUACGAGCAUCUGCUAAACCGUGGACGCGACGACCACACGGAAGCCCACCCGCAAAUUCUAGCAACUUGCACACUGAUUCGACAGGAAGCGGAUCCGAUACUAUACAACAGCAUAACAUUCGUUAUUUGCCAGAUCCGAUCCCUUCAUAAAUCCAUGGUUGUCUGCCCUCUCGACAAGAUCGCAAGGCGUAUCGACAACAUAACAUCUGAAAAUAUCUGGUCCGCAUUCGAGUACUUUCAGGAAAAGAUGCACCUACUGCGGAAAUUCAGCAGCAUCUCGAUCAUGCUGCCUGCUUCGAUAAGAGAUUUUUGCAGGACGACUGAACGGCCACCGGCUGAGGGACUGCUCUACAUUUUGGGGUCUUUGCUGGUGGACGGAGCUUUGAAGGAGUUGACCUUGACUUUUUCCCAACCAGCAAUUGACUUCCAUGGGAUUUGGGUCUCUAAUCAUAAAGUCGUGAAAGACUUCGCAUUUAAAGCACCGCUGUUCAGUCCGCAAGUCCGUAUCAUCUGCUMGGGCUUUACUGUCCCGAUGAGAGAUUGUAUGGUUCACGCAGCGCAGCAAAAUCGGGCCGUCAUUCGGAAAAACGUCCUUCGGCCAUGGGCGGAAAGUAAAGAGCAACUUCGCCAACUCAUCUUAUUGUUGAACGAGGUGGAGAUGAUGGAGCCCUCAUUUUUUAGAGCAGCACAGGAUGACAUUGAAAUGGUGGAACGAGACCAUUGCACGCCCUGUCCGUCACUGUGCGUCGCAUCCGAUGGAAGAAUCACGAUAUCACGCCGCGGUGAGGUCGCUUUGGAGGCAUCGCUCUCGAUGUUAUCUGCUUUGCUUUGCUCUCCCGAGGUUCGGCGUCUGGAAGCGUUGGCGUUAGAGGAGCUGGCUGCUAGACGAGUAUCAAGGUCGACGUCCUCUGCUUGGUUUGGGGAAUGUGGCACAUGGUUUAGUGUCACUCUGUGGACGAGGGAGGCAUUGAAGAUAUUGCUUGGGUUCUGCCGGACAUGCUACGAUACGAUGCUUGGACACAAGUAUCGAGGGUAG